ACCCAAAGAAGAAAGGAAGCCAAAAAUGGCGCCGUUAAGGUUCAUUUGUUUUUUGCUUGUGUUGGUUUUGGUUUAUGUAAGAGACUCCACUGCGCAAACCCACCAAGAUAUGAAGAAAAGUGUGGCUGCACAUGGAAGAGAGCUUGAAGCUGCCGGAAGAAGCUCGACAAAUGUUGAAAAGGAUGAUGGUGUUCCUGGCGUGGCUGUGCUUGGAGGACGGAAAAGGAUGUUGAAAAGGGGCUUGGCGAAAGAGGAAGUUUUGAAUCGAGAAGAUUCAAUUUCAGGUGCAGCUCACUCUGUAGGAAACUGUAAUCGUAGAAGGAAAGGAAUUUUGAAUGUAGAAUGCAAACUGAGGAAGAGAGGUCCUCAACCUCAUCAUAAGAAGGUCAAAAUGGGUGGUUUCACAGCUUUUAGUGCUGAUUAUCAUGUCCCAAAAUCCCAUCCACCUAGGAAUAACUGAGGAAAUGCAGUACUGAAGCU